GAAAUUGAGACUGAUCGAGACUGUGUUAUUAGUAAUGAUUCGGAAUAAAUUGUUAACAGUAUUUUGCAGGCGUUGAUUUAUAACGAUCAAGAUAUUUGAAGUGGAAAGGAAAUAAUACAAUGAACAUGGCUUCAGUCAAGGUAGCAGUAAGAGUGAGGCCCCUUAAUAAAAGGUAAGCCAAAAUGAAGUAUUUGAUUCGGCUGUUAUAGCAGAACGCUAGUUCAAAAUUCUCGGUGAUCGAUGUCAGGCGUUUAAAUAUCCGUGAAAUGUAUCCGUUGGCAAAUAAGUAUGUCACUGUUGACGAUACUUGUUGAAAACUGCGACUAAAUUUUUAGAACUAAAGACUUUGUUUUAAAUUUAAUAGACUUCUUUGUUUUGCAUUGAAGAAAUGUAAAAUGGUUUCCGUGUUUACAUAGCCUGAUGUAAACACGCGGGAGGUUGGGAGAACACGAGAUAAGAGUAGGAAACCACGACGCGAAGCGGAGUGGUUUUCCAGCUUAUCGAAUGUUCUCCCAACCUCCCAAGUGUUUACAUCAGGCUAUGUAAACACGGAAACCAUUUUACAUUUCUUUUAUAAAAUAACUAAUGAAAGAGGAACGAAAACCUUGUUUACAUACUCUCAUGUAAAAUGGUUUUAUGGCCAAUCAGAGCGCAACAACAGAAACAAAUACGGUGAGCUGAAAUACACAAUAACAAUGUAAAAUCUGAUUAUAAAUGUUUUGUGGGGUUAAACAAAUCCAAUGAAAAAGAUAGUCACAUUGGUACAACUGAACUUGGUAAGAAUCUUCUUUAAAAUGACCAGCAUUAAUUAGAUUAUGUGACACAGUUCAUAGACAUGAUUAGGUAAAAAGGAAAACGAGAUCAAGAGAGUUUAUUGUGAGAUUGAGUAUAUCUUUGUACUUUACAUAGCAAUAGAAUUGAAUUGUGUGGUUUUAGCUUGAGAGUAUAUUUCCCCACACUUUUGAAUAAAUAAUGGAUAAUAUAUUUGUUUAAAUAGAAUAGUUGUUAGAAUAGUUAUUCAUGGUCUACACUUCAAAUCUAUGGAAACAAGCCAGGUAAAUUAUGGCUGUCAUAGAAAAAAUGUGCACAGAUACACACAUAAACUUUCCAGUGUAAGUAUUGAGGAGGAAUCAACUUGUUAUUUUUAAGUGCUGGUGUUAUGAGAAUUUGGGUCUUUGUAAACUGGCAAGCUUUGGAAGUUUGAAACUUUAAGUGUAAAGUAAUUUGGUGAAAUGUUAAAUAAUAAAUGAUUCAUUCACUAAAAUCUUAAAAAAGCUUGAAAUUUACUUAGUGCUCUCCUGUUAUUCCUUCAGAUGUUUGAAGAUUUGGGUACUGAUGUGAUAAGGCAGUGUUUGAGUGUUGCAAUGCCUGUAUUUUUGCUUGUGGUCAGAAGGAGGCCAGUAACUCCUACAGUAUGAUGGGACAGGAGGUAACAAAACACAAUUAAGUAUUUUUUUUUUUUUUGAAAUCAAAGACCCCUGGUACUAUCAUAAAUUUUAGUGUCCAUAAUAGCAAUCUUUCAUCAUGCAUUCUGAUUUCACAGGCGCCCUUUGACUAUUGUUUAGUGUCAUGUAUAACAUUUUUGUUCUGCUAGGUUUUUAUAUGAUAUAGCGGGUCCUUUAACGAAAUUCUUGAGCAGAGUAAGUAGCCUUUCCAUCCAAAAAUAGGGAAACAAAAUUUGAUCAAAGCAGCUGGCUUGAAAAAAUUAAAUAUGUUGCUCAAACUUUUACAUUGCUCCUCGUUAUGUUGAUGCCUUCACAUUUCAAAGACCCCUUAAAUUGAGUUUUCAAGUUGAUCAUAGCACUAAUCUGAAACAUUCAAAGUCCAUUUCUAUUUAGUAAAUGUUGAAACAGCUGUAUAAGCUAAUGAUUUGAUAAACUUUGCUGACAAUGUGAUUACUUCUCAAAUGCCAAAUGCAGCUUAUGGUAUAAGUAGCUUACUUUUCCUGAAUAUUUUUAGUUAGUGACAUAGUGGUGAUAUGGAUAAACUUAAGUCUCUGCAGACAGGGUGUCUGUGUUCAAUUUUUGGUGGGAGACAUUUUUAUGCAUUAAUUUAUUUUGUUAUAUACAUUUUUCCUCUUUUUUUUUUAUAAUGCUGUAAAUAAACAUUUUUUUUUAAGUCAUGGGUACAUGUUUCUGUGGGAAUUUCCAUGUUAACAGCUUGCUCUGUCACCAACAAACUUUUCAUGAUUCUUGCUGCUCCUCAUUAUGUUUAGUGCAUGGACAAUUAAAAGACCCUUCAAAUUUGGUCCUCGAGUUGAUCAUAGCACUAAUCUGAAACAUUUGGAGUCCAUUUCAAUUUAGUAAAUGUCAAAACAGCUGUGUAAAGACAAUAAACAUCACAAUGAUCAAUGCAAUCACAAUGGCACCAGGACUUUGGACUUCUUUGUAAGGAUAGAUUAGAGCUGGGAGCCGACUAAUUACGACUAAUUACGAGGAGUACACACCAAUUUGCAUAUCCCAAAGUGCCCAAAACAACUCGUUUCUAUACUAUCUACGAUCUACGAGUCAAAAAUCACAUUUUGACUUGCAAAUGACAAUACAUGUAAGUAAAUAAGUGAUCUCAUUUAUAAACUACAAUCAGAGAAAUAGAAGAAAAAGAAGCCUGAAAAAUGACGCUGUGACAUGAUUGGAACAGCUGCUUCUGAGAAGUACUAGUUGGUUGAUACUAUCAACUAAGAUAAUAAGCCAGAUAUUAAUUCAUGUAAGUGAUCAAGACAUAAUUUCUCUUUACAAUAUUAGUACAAUAUCAAGCUGGCAAGUGACAAGAAUGAAAAAAAAAUAGUAUUAUGCACAUUAAUUUUUCCAGUUGAACCACAAUUUUGAUAUUCCCUGGUUGAUGGAGCAGUAUCCUACUGAUAAAAGGUCAAGAUCAAAUGUAUUUUUACAUUGAACUGUCAAAUUGCUAAAAAUCAAAUUUUUUUUUUCAAGUGAUGCAUUGAUAUAGAACUAAAUAUUAUCUACAGCUCUUUGGCUGGUUCAUGUAGAAUGAAAAUUUAUCUGCCACCUUAAACUCUUACUCUCCUGUAAGUUUGAUGUUUGUGCAGUUACUGGUAUCGAGAUAUGUCCAGAAGUGCAUACAGUAACCAGAAUGGUGCAAAUUUGUCAAAAUUGUCAAAACCAUGAACAUUCACUUGAUUUGAUGAAAUUUCAUCAAAUUUGCCAUUUUUGUCACUGCAUGCAUUUCUGGACAUAAGUGGAGGUGAGGUCCCCACUCAAGGGAAAUAAUCCAAAGGACAGCACUGAGGCAUUUAGAUUGUGACGCUUCCUUAUCUAGCUGAUAAAUCUGCAGAUAAAUCCUCCUUCUAAUCAUAUCAAAGAUUAUCAGUACUAUAAUCAUUUUUCUUUUUAUUAGUUAGUCAGUCAGUCAGUCACUUAAUUGAAAAAAAAAUCAGUCAAAUUACUCAAUGGUGAAGUAUAGUAUUGAUAAAAUAAUAAUGGUUUGUCUUUUUUUGACAGGCCAGACUGGAAGCAUUUGGAACACAUCAACACAUCAUAGGUUGGUCUUGUGAUGGUACAUUGAAGAAUGAAGAUGUCGUUAUUACUAUGCACAAACAGAAUUGCAAAUUAUGAGAAACCAAUUUACCAGUAGCUAUAAAACUUGAGUAUCUAAAACAGUUCUGAGAUACAACAAAAAGAUGAUAACAUGCUGCACUUUCAUAAAAUGAAGAAAAUCAUUGUUAAAAUAACAAUGACUGUUAUCAGUGAGUGAUCUUUAUUCUUAAUGAUGAAUUAAGAGCUUCUCUCCUUACAAUCACAAUGGAUUUGUUUUCUCAGACUUUUGAAAAGUUUAGUUAUGAUUUGUUUUCCAACAAAUUGAUGUUACUGUUGUACAAAGAGGGCUUAACCCUUUAACUCUCAUGGGUGACCAACACAGAAUUUCUCCUUACAAUAUCAAUACAAUAUCAAGCAGACAAGUGAUGAGAAACAAGAAAAACAUUAAUGAUGGGAUUAUUAGUUGAUCCAACACCAAAUUCUUGAAACUAACAUCACAAGAACUAUAUGGCAGACAGACAGUAAGGAGAAUUGUUAAUGAGAUCUUGGGAGUUAAAGGAUUAAGAGUUGUGAUCAGCACAGCAAAUCUCAUUGCCAUGGAUUGGGACCAGAAAACACAAGGGUACAUGAAAGUUAUAUGUUGUUAAUUCAUAUCCUGCUUUGCAUUUACUCUAAACAAAUUUGAAAGGAAUAACAUCAAGUCUCACUUUACCAUUCUAUCAGGAAGUUAUUGAGUUGUUGUUGCCUCCUUAUGAUAUUUUCUUCUGACAUAAUUUGUUGUUUUGAUUUCUUUAGUGAUAAUUGAGACUUUCAAUUAAAAUGUGUUCUGUUUGUAUUAACAUAGGGGAGACUUUUAAUUAAUUUUAGGGUUCGCCUAAUGGCCUCUGUUCCUGGGAGACACACUAAAGUCAAUAAAACCAAAUGGGGCCACCUUAAACUUUGUAAGGUGAUCAUGAAUUAUUGGUAUAAACUAAGAAGUCUAAAAUUUGGAAUAUUUUUGAGUUGUUAGCAAAUAUCACCCUUAAGCAAAGUUAGGUGCCUGUCUAAAAGAGCAUUAAAGUUUCACUCAAUGGAAUUGAACAAAUUUUUAUUUUAUUUAGCAAUACCCUGAAAAUAAGAUAAUUGUCUUCUUUGAAACUUAGGUUCUUCACCAGCAUGGACCCAGCUCUGAUGACGUGGCCUGUGAUUGGUCAGUUUUCCAGCAUCAGUUCCCUUGGGAAUGACAAGGACGGUUGGCUGUGUUCUGAAUGGUUACAAAGCUUGUCCACAAGUUCUGGUAACAUGAUGUCCAGUCCCCCUCUGCAUCUGGUCAGUAUGUUUCUCAAUCUCUAUUAUGGUUGGAAACUGAACACUGAUUUAAUUUGCAAGUUUGCAAGUUUUUUGUUCUGGAUCAGAAUAUUGUGGAAAUUUUUUUCUUCUUGAUUUGUCAUGUUUUAUUGGCAGGUUUUUCCAACAGUGGACAAUGUGCGGUGCAGUUUGGAAGGUUACCCAGGUAUAUAAUAUAACUUAAAUUAUAUGCAUCUGUUGAGGCAGAUAUCAAGUGGCUGAGUGGUUAGAGUGCUGGAAUCAAUCCCUUCAUCUUCAAUUGGAACACACUGGAUUUAUUAUUAUCAGUAUUAUUAUUGUUAGUUUAAUUAUUAUUAUUUUUUUAUUAUCAUUAUUAUCUUAAUCAUCAAAAAUCUAGGGAUGCACAUGUGAGUAAAUUUAAAGUAAUUACUGCAGUUUGUAGAAGCACAUAAAGUGUCCACAGUGUUUGAGUUAUGUAUUUCUUUCUAUAUAUAUUUUCUUCUUCUAAACACUUCACAGCAUACUCUUAGUGGUUCAAGUUUCAUUUCUAAGUAUAAUUAUGUGAUCUCUGAUAGUUUUCUUUCUCUGUAGCUGGUGGCUCAAUACCAUACAGUUCCAAGACAGCUUUGAAGCAGCUUAUCUUCCAAGUUUCUUUUGGUAAGUCACCCUUAGUUUGUUUUCAGAUUAGAUGGGUUUUCAUCAACCUUAGCUUCAUCCCAGUUCACAUGGCAUGAAAUCCACUAGUGUGGCAUUGCAAUUUUACCCUUCACCACUCAUACCCUCCCUGAAUUUGAGGAAAAUCUUCAAAACUUUAAUUAUGGAGUCUUUCAUCUAGCAGGUGGCUUUUUAUCAGUAUCCACCACUGUGUGUGGAGAUUAAUUUCAAUUGUUCUGUCAGGAAACCCAGGCAGGGAAUGUUUCUAGUCCUUUCAAUUUGGAGUAGAGCACAUCAGUCACUCCCCUCAAUCUGCUUGACAAAAUGGCUAUUUUUCUCUGUUUCUUUUUUCAAUUGGACCAUACUGGGGUGUAGGCUAAUAAUCAAAAGCCUUAGAUCUAUUAAAAUGUUACAUCCAGGAAAUCUCUGCUUUACCCAAGUAGCUAACUCUGUUGUGUUAGCAUACACUAUGAACUGUAGUUUUAUGAAAAUUCCAUGAAUUUCAUGUGAAAAACCCAUGAAGAUCAUUUCAUGGCCCAUGAAUACUGCAAAAUGAAAUUUCAUGGGGUUAUUUUUAGCCAUGAAUUUUCCAUGAAUUAGGGGAAUUUUUUUCAUGACCCAUGAAUUUCUUCAAAGUCAAUUUUUAUGACCCAUUGAUUUGCCAUGAAAGUCACCAGAAUUAAUUUCAUGACCCAUGAAUUUCUUUAUAUGCCUACUUUCAUGACCCAUGAAUUUCUUCAAAGUCUACUUUCAUGACCCAUUAGUUUCCCCAGAAAGUCAUCAGAAUGAAUUUCAUGCCCAUGAAUUGCAAUCAAACAGUAUUUCAUGGGCUAACAAUUUAUUUGUUUUGGGAGAACAAAAUUAAUGGGCCAUGAAUAUUUCCUGAAAUCUGUUGCCCAUGAAUUUCAUUGAUGAAUCCAUAGGCCAUUAAAAGUGGUAUUAAUGAGUUCAUCACAGUCACUGAUUUAUCAACGAGCUGACUUUCAUGAUCCGUGGAACUGACUUGUUAUAAAUUUAUCCACUGAUGGAAUUUUGGUGUACAGCGCGAAAACUGUCAAAUGAAAAUGUCCCUAAACAUCUUAAGUGGCCUUUGUUAACGUAAAAUGUACAGGAAAUCACAAAACAAUGACUAAAAACAAUGGAUCUUCAAUUUGCUCCUUUGUUGAGACACAUGGGGCUGGAGGCAAUGACCCAGAUGUUUGAUCCUCACUUUGAUUUUUUGGGGCCUUUUUGCCUUCGCCAUGUCUGGACGACUUUGUUGAAUUUUUUCUGCCUCACUGCUGGCUUUGAUUGUUAGUCAUGACUCUGGAAAACUGUUCAAGGCCUUCUCUUACAUUCUUACGGCUGAGGAAUCUUCUAGGGCUUUUCCAGUAAGGCACCUGCAGAGUACAGAUGCUUAAGUUGUACAGCAAUGGUACACAUUGCAUCUACACGAAAUGUGGAACAAAACAAUGAAAAAUCAAUCGCUUUGUCACCUCAAUUUGGAACUUUGAAUAGUGUGCAAAUGUAACCUGAAAAAAAUGCUAUUUUUACCUCGUUCAUAGAGUCGCCGGUUAACAGAGUCAGGCCAUCCUCUCAGUCGGGAUGAAACGUUACCUUCAUGUAUUCAUUGAGAUCGCCUUCUACAACAUCGUUGUUGAUUUCGUGGUCGCUUUCACAGGAAUCACUGUCGAUGUCAGCUCUGACUUUCUUGGACUCUGAUGUCCUGUCGGUUGUUACUUGCUUCAAAUUCCAAAUACCGAACAGCUUUUUGUGCUGCUUUUUUUGUAAGAUUACAGACGCAGCAACGAAACCUCUUCGGAGUCAUUUCGUAACGUCGAACACGAUAACCUGUGAGGUCACUAUGUGACCGCUGACCUAUGAUGGCUGCGAUGACCUAAGGUCACCACGUGAAAGUACACGUGAUUUACGAAGAAGUGGCGGGCGGUUUUUCGUACCUCGAACGGAAUGGUUCCAUUCAAUUGCAUUUCUCGUAGUGUUUGUGUAGCAGUCUCUUUUUUUUCCAGAUCAACGCAAUGGACCGUCUGAAAAGUUUUUUUCAAAGAGGUUUCCUCAAGAUGAAGUUAUCGAUAUGCAUUACAAUGUGAAGGGGUAAGUUCAAGCUUGAUCAUCUUAUUACGCGUAAACAUCGGAGCGCGCACGCUAACUAUUGAUUUAACUUGAAAAUUUUUAUUCUGUGAUCAUCUGGCGAAACAUCACAAGAGUUUGUAUGGAAAUACUUACGACCGUUCUUAGGAAUAAAAAAUACAGUCAAAUUCUGAAUACGAAAUACCUCACCUCACUUCCACAGUGCGUCGCUUAAUAUCUGACGGCUUUAUGUUGAAAAGAACCUGUUUUGGCGAGUUAUCCAUUUCUAGGUUUACUACGUACAUAAGAAAGGCUCUUAGAUAACUGAUGAUGUGCUCCCUUUAUUUUGCAAACAGUGAAGAGUGUUGGUCUACAAAACUGAUGAAAGGAAAUGCAAACUUGCUAAAGCAGCCUAUCUUGGUCCAAAUGAUGAUGAAGAUGCAAAUAGUAAUGAUAACCGAAAGAAGGAUGGCACAUUCAGGUGGCCAAAACAGAGAGACACUGACAUAGUCAGCCAUAGAUAUAUCUUCACACAUGCAAGAGUGCAGAAAGUUGGUAAUUGUUUUGUUGUUAGUUACCUUGAGAGUAUUGAUCACAAGUGUAAAACAUAUCAAGAAAUUUACAUGAAUGCUGUUACAUAAAUAGACAUAAUAACUGUCCAUAACAUUUUACACAUGAUUUUAGACGAAGGAAAUGAUAUUUGAAGUUUAGACAAAAAUACAUCAAACCAGUGAGUAUAUUUUCAAUAAUUUCGUCCAAAUAUUUUUCACAUCAAAUUUAUUUAUAAUAUACCUUCAAAAUAGUUUAAAUAAACAGAAAUAUAGGAGCAGAAUCUGUCUCCACAAGAAAAUCAGUGAUAUCAAAAUAGAGCUAAAAAUCAUUAACAUCUUAAUUUUAUGCAGAAAAUUUCAUACCAACUUUUUUUAUUUAAGAAAGUGUAAACUGAAUUAUCACAAUUUUAGAAUCCUAAAAUAAUAUUUAUGUACAGCUGGUGAAACAAAAUAAACUAUCAGAGAAUCCAGACUUCUGGUCAUGUCUUUCAUGUGUGUGUGCUUGUACAACAGGACCAAGAAGUUUCACAGAUAGGUUAGUUCUUCAGUGUAUAAUUUAAGUGAUAGUGUAUGUAUUACAGUUGUGGUGUACUGCAAGCUAUACACUGUAGUACAGUCUUUGGUACAAGAAAAGUGAAGAAUUUUUAAUUCCAAAUUCAUAGGGUUUCCAAAGAAUUUUCAUGGUGCUUGCAUAUUCCUAACAACCCCAUGAAAACUUAUGGAGCGUUAUUAGGGUCAAAUUUAGAAAACAAAUUAUGUUAUGGUGUUUGAUAUUUCAUUCGGCCGAACUACAGAAUUAUGUUCCAGCGUUGCAUGGAAUUAUGUUCGGCUCUUUUAACUUGUGUUGGGAGUAUUUCACUUAUAACUAGGCUGGCAGUUUUUUUUGAGUUUAUUCCAAUUUUGUUCGGCUCCUCCGAAUUAUGUUCGGCAAGUAGACUGGUAGCCUCACGAUAAGAAAUUCACGAGGAGUCCCGGGGCGAGAAACAUUUCCCGCGCUCUCUAUAAUUUAUUCUAAUUAUUACCAGUGUUCGUGUACUGUUCUGUCGAACAUGGCGGACAACAAACGUGGAAGAGGAAACCAGAAAAAAAAACCAAGAAAAUCGAAACAAAUGCAAAAGUGCUAAAGCAAUUAAACUUCUACAGGAAGUUACCUCGCUUCUCAGUGAGGGUGAUAGCAAACCAUAUCAACCGGCAGCUGAACAGAUUAGUCAAGCAACUGGCAAUUAACUUUCAUGUGCCAUGAAAAAACCAUGUAGAGGCCAUGAAAAUUCAAGGAAAAUUUUCAUGGUCUAUGAAUUUUUUACAUAUUCACAGGAUAUUCAUGGGUCAUGAUUUGCUGCAACCCAUUAAAAACUAGUGAACUUUGACACCAUGAAAUUUUGGGCUUGAAAUUCAUGGGUUUCUCAGUACCUUUGAAAAGGCCAUGAAAUGCCAUUUUCAUGGGUAUUUCAUGGCUUCUAGGUCACUUUACUCAAUAUUUCAUGGGUCGUGAAUAUGGAAAUUUUCACAGGUUUUUCAUGGGAUUUUUCAGGUCUUUUUCAUGGCACUGAGACCAUGAAAAUGUCAUUGAUUUAACCAUGAAAAUCCUGUGAAAAAUCUGUGAAUUUACAAUGAAUUAUUUCACAAGAUUUUCAUGGGUUUUGAGUUCAUAGUGAUAGCUCUUCUUACAUUCUUGACAGAUCUGAUGGAUUUUUGCUUUUCUUGCUUUUGGUUUUUUCAGCUCUUGGAAGUCUCAUUCCUGUGGUAGAAGUCGCACCUCUCCUCACAUUAAAGCAUACACCAGGGUAUCCCCAGAUUGGAGCCGAAUGAGCUGGUUUCUUGUGACAAGGUGUUAAAAACUGAGUCCUCUCUGCAAUUUAUCUUUAUUUAGUUAUGCUGCUCUAGAAAAUUUAGAAGGUGGAACUUCCACACAUCUUUAUCUUUGGGGCUGUUUAAAGUUUGUUCAAAGAUUAUUUCAGUAUAACAGCAGAAUCUUUUCAGGUUUGCCUUCGUUGUCGUCUAAGGGCAUUACUGAUAUGAUUAAAAGAAUCCAAAAAUUGUCUGUUCUCCUUUCGAAACCCCUUGGGUUUACCCUCAUGGUGUUUAUAGUCUAUCUAAUUUGGCUAGAACAAGAGCAAACUUUGGAUUUCCCCUGUCUAUCUGUGGGCUAUUUCUGAUUGGCCAAAACAGAAUGUCAAGCCAGUUAUUUUGAAAAGGCAAUGUUUUGAAAAUGAAAGAUGGUUGGAGUCUUAAAAAGGAUAGAUGUUGUCUUGAAAUUUAUGCAAAGUUUUUGCAUUUUUUCUCUUCCUCAUUUACAUUUAAUUAUUUUCAGUGCAAAUUUGUCUAAAGCAGCCUGG